AUGGUUGAUUCUACUAUGGUUUCUGAUUUAAAUCAAGAGGAGGUGAACGAUAUUUGCAUCAAGGCUCUUCAGGAUCAAAUUCGCUCCCCCUCUUACCAACACACUGAAGCUGUUAAAUGGAAUCAAAAUGUAGUUGAGACCGUUACAGAAAGCCUUGUCCGCUUAGGAUAUCCUUACAAAUAUUGUGUUUGCUGCGUUAUCAUGCAAGCUGGAUUGGGCGCUGGCCUGAAUAUUGCUAGCAUGUGUUUUUGGGACAAACAAAUCGAUGUUAACUUUGUUGUCAGAUGGGAGAGCAAAGCUGUGAUUGCAGUUUGUAACGUGUUCGCCUUGCGUCUUGACAAUUUGCCGCCUCAGAUCAUGAAGAGUGAUGUUGAGGAGAACUGCGACGGACAUGUCAACACAAAUGGAGGCUCUUGA